AUGGAGAACCAACAUCAUCUCUUACACAACACGAGACACUCUGUGUCCAUUGAUUUGGACACGUUGAAAAGCAAUACUCCCUCAACAAUUUAUACAAAUACACCAUCCCCGGUGCUAUCCCAACCAAGUCCAUAUUUGCCAAGUUCAAAUAUAAUUGAUCAAUCUCAGGCCACUGCUUUAGCACAAGCACAGGCGCAGGCACAAGCCCAUUUGCAGGCGCAGGCACAGGCAGCUGCACAAGCCCAGGCAGUUGCACAAGCACAAGCACAAGCAGCAGCUCAAAUGCAAGCUCAAAUGCAAGCCCAAUUGCAAGCCCAAGCUCAGGCCCAAGCCCAGGCCCAGCUGCAAGCUCAGGUCCAAUAUCAGCAGCAGCAGCAACAACAACAACAACAACAACAACAGCCUGAUAGCAUUCAAUUGACUACAGAAGAACAAAAACAAUUGGAAUAUUUACAAAGAAUGCCAUCAUAUCAAGCUAUUAUUCAGCCAAACUAUCACCUUUUAAAGCUCAAAUAUGGGAAUAAAUCAUUGUUGCCUCAAAGGGAUACUAUAUCUAAGGGUAAAUAUUCCUUGAAGGAUUUCCAAAUAAUGAGGACACUAGGUACCGGUUCCUUCGGACGUGUCCAUUUAGUCAGAAGCAUCCAUAAUCAUAGAUAUUAUGCAAUCAAGGUACUAAAGAAACAGCAGGUUAUUAAGAUGAAACAAGUUGAACAUACAAACGAUGAACGUAGAAUGCUUAAAUUGGUUGAACACCCAUUUUUAAUUAGAAUGUGGGGUACCUUCCAGGAUUCCAAAAAUUUAUUCAUGGUUAUGGAUUACAUUGAAGGUGGUGAAUUGUUUUCAUUGUUGAGAAAAUCUCAAAGAUUCCCAAACCCGGUUGCCAAAUUCUAUGCUGCAGAAGUUAUCCUGUCAUUAGAGUACUUACACUCUCAUAAUAUAAUCUACAGAGAUUUAAAACCUGAAAAUAUCUUGCUCGAUAGAAACGGACACAUCAAGCUAACGGAUUUCGGAUUUGCAAAAGAGGUUCAAACAGUCACUUGGACAUUAUGUGGUACACCGGACUACAUUGCACCCGAAGUUAUUACUACAAAGCCUUACAAUAAAUCGGUUGAUUGGUGGUCAUUGGGGAUUUUGAUAUUUGAAAUGUUGGCAGGUUUCACCCCCUUCUAUGAUCAAACCCCAAUGAAAACCUACGAAAAGAUUCUUGCCUGCAAGGUCCAUUAUCCCUCCCACUUCCAUCCAGAUGUUGUUGAUCUGCUAACUAAGCUAAUUACUCCUGAUUUGACCAGAAGAUUGGGUAAUUUACAGAACGGUCCGGAAGAUAUUCGUAAUCAUCGAUGGUUUUCUGAGGUUAUUUGGGAGAAGCUAUUGUUGAAAGAUAUUGAAACUCCUUAUGAACCUCCAAUUACUGCAGGUGUAGGUGACACCAGUUUAUUUGACCAUUAUCCAGAGGAACAGCUGGAUUAUGGAAUUGUCUGUGAUGAUCCCUAUGCUAAGUAUUUUAAUGAUUUUUAA